UUGACAAGAGGGGCUGAAUCACUCAAGCAGAGGGCCAAGCAAGCAAGCAAGCAAGCCAAGGCAAGCGAAGCAAACCCAAGAGAGCCUGCCGGUGGUCAUGGACGAUCAUGUGCUUGUGCAGGGCACUUUAGCCCAUCCUCUCUUCCGCCCCUUCAGUUCCCCUCACCUUUCAACCCUUUCCCAAUCGCAGCCCACUUUGGCCAACAUUAGCAUUCUGGGCUCGUGCUGGGAACUCUUGAACAGAGUACAAGAGAACCACCACCACCACCGAGGUGCGUCAAUGACUAGGCGGUGCAUCCAGCCCCUAGCUGGUGAGUACAAGAGCAGCAAUUGAGCGGUUGCAUCAGUCAGACAGACGAGGCAGACGUAGAUCAGGCUCCGUGACGAGCACACAGUUUCGAAUUGCUCGCACACUCUGCAAAACUGGUGGCGCACAUACUCGACAUCUUCCCUAGUGCUGCUGCAAGAAAUGACGGUGCCAAUGUCCCCCUCCCACGAGCAGGCUCAGGCUCAGGCUCAGACUCCGCCUCCGCCUCCGCUUCCAAUUCCUCCCGUUUCUGCACCCUCUCCUCCUUCAGCACCUGCUCCUCAUUCUACUCUUCCUCCUCCUGUUCCAACUCUACCUUCUGCCAUUCUUCCUCCGUCCGAGGACUCUGCGGUGCGCGUUGCAGUGCGCGCUCGCCCUCUCAUCGAGAAAGAAAUCGUGGAAAAGUGUCAAGAGUGCGUCUCGUACUCUCAGGAUGGCCGCCAGAUCGUCCUCGGCAAGGACCGCAGGUUUACUUUCGAUUAUGUGUUUCCACCCAUUGUGGGCCAAGAGGACGUGUACAAUGAUUGCGUCAAGCCUCUCGUAGACAGCUGCAUUGCUGGGUACAAUGCGACAGUUCUUGCGUAUGGGCAGACAGGGUCUGGCAAGACCCACACCAUGGGUUGUGGCAACAAUACGUCGCUUUUGGAAGAGGAGUUGGGCAUACUCCCACGAGCUAUCCGCCAGCUCUACGAAGCUAUUGAGGAGCGCACCAACCAGGCCGAGUUUCUCGUGAAAUGUGCUUUUGUGGAGAUAUACAACGAAGAGGUCAAGGAUCUACUUCACCCGGACACUCCCUCUAAGCUAAUCUCGAUUCGAGAAGAUGCGAAUGGGGACAUAAUACUUGCUGGAGUCAAGGAGGAGGUGGUUACCAACUUCGAAAGUAUGAUUCGGUUUUUGGAGCACGGGUCUGUUUUCCGGACAACAGGGAGUACUUUGAUGAAUCAACAGUCAAGUAGGUCCCAUGCUAUCUUCACCAUUAUUGUUGAACAGCGUGCGGUUCAAGACGGUGCCCCCGGCACUGAUUGUAUCACAGCAAAGUUUCACCUGGUCGACCUGGCUGGCUCGGAGCGCGCUAAACGAACGGGUGCUGUUGGACUACGCUUCAAGGAAUCAGUAACCAUCAAUUGCGGUCUACUAGCGUUGGGAAAUGUUAUCAGUGCAUUGGGAGAUGAGCGCAAACGGGGACAUCAUGUACCCUAUAGAGAGUCAAAGCUUACUCGUCUGCUUCAGGAUUCUCUUGGUGGCAACAGCAGGACUUGCAUGAUCGCCUGCAUCAGCACAGCAGAUACGAACUUUGAGGAGACGUUAAACACACUGAAGUAUGCGAACCGUGCUCGAAACAUUCACAACAAACCAAUUAUUAACCGCGAUCCUCAGGCAGCACAACUAAACCAGCUGAGACACGAAGUCAGGGCUUUGCAAGUGGAGUUAUUGAACACGCGUAUGCAAAGCAUGGGACUGGAGCCCGUCACUGGACCUCAGAGUUUGGAGACACUUCUCCAGGAUGAAUCUCAUCGUCAGUUUCUAGAUGAUAUCAGGUCCAGAGCAGAUGCCUCAUCAAAUGUGUCCAACGAACUCUUGACUGUUCAUCGCAAAAGUCGCGAGAGGGAGCAGGAGUGCAUGAAACUGAAACAAGACAUGAAGACAUCGGAGUCUCUCAUCUCUAAACUUCAAGAGGAGAUCCUCGAGCUCCGUACAGAACGAGAUCACUACCAGUUGAAACUUGAUGAAGUCAAUGCAGAGAUGGUCAAUCUCACAAGACUCCUUCCAGAGUGGGAAAAUGCCGGAGGCAUUUCCUCUUCUCCAAGGGAACAUUUGGCUGAAAUGACCAAACGACUUGCUGGAGAAGUCGAUGCCGAGGGCAACGAUUCGGAUCAACUUUGCUCUCCUCCUAAUGGACAUACGGAGAGGUCUCCUUUGGUAUCAGUUCCGCAAAAACUUGCAACUGACAGAGAAUCGUCAGUUGAGGAGAGAUCAAUGGGUGUAACGAGUUCGCAUGGGCGUGCCUCAAGUAGAGGUACAAGGAACGUGAUCAACCAGCAUUUGAGAAGUAUUCGAGUACUGGAAGAACAACUGGCAGUAAAAGAGAGUGACGUCAGGGCACGAGAUGAGGCUUUGAUGGAAGCGAAAGAUGAUCUUGCGAGAGAUGAACGGAUUUUUGCCGAGAAGAUGAAAGAAAUCAAGUCAUUGAAAGCUCUAGCAAGAGAUUUGGCGAGUGAGAAGCAAGACUUAUUGAUAAAAUUGGAACAUGAUGCUGCAAUUAUAUCAAAUAUGUCGAAAGAAGCUAUGGCCAAGGACGAUCAACUAGCACGCCUGAAAAUUUCUCUGGAAGCACUUGUAUCAGGUAGAUCUGAUGGCCACAUAGGAUCUGCCAGGUCCAAGGCAGAUAACGAUCUCCGGCAGUACGAGGAUCUUCCUCAAGUCUGUGAAUCUUGUGAAGGGGGUAGAGGAGACAUUGGUGAUGGAGCUGAUCCAGUUGCUACACCCAACGUUGACACGGAGAAGCAGAAGUUAGAGGAACUUGCGGAGAGAAUGAAGGCUGAGGAGGACGAGAAGGAGAGGUUACUAUUUGAGAAGAUAGCUAUAGAAGAGCAAAAAUCACGUCUUGAAGAGGACGUCCGUCUUCAAACUCGUGAAUUCAAACGCAGCAAGCAGAUCAUGGAUAAGCAGCUGCAUGAAUUAGCAUUGAGUAUUCAGCAAAAGGAGGAACUUAUACAGGAGCUAGCUAGGAAUGAAGCUGAAGCCAAACAUUUGACUCUACAAUAUGAGUCGCGCAUGCUAGAGCUUGAAGCUGAGAUGAGACGGAAGGAAGAGGAAGUGGAGGCUCUCAAGAAGGAGCUCGAUGCAAUUGAUAAAAAUGCUGCUAGAGGAGUAGAAGAGAAGAAGAAACUUCGCGAGCAAUAUGAAGAGAAGGUCAAAAGAAUUACAAGCCAACUAAUAGCAUUGAAGAAACAACGUUGGGAACAAGAAUCACAACGGCUUGAACGGCAUAAAGCGAAAUCUGAAGUCAAAGUGCAAAAUUUACAGCAUGAAAUAACUCGGAUGAGAGCUCAACAAGACUCACUCAAGAAAAAAAUCAAAGAAACAACUGAUAUGUACGAGGAUGAACAUGAGCGUCAUCUGAAGAGUAUGGCUGCUCUGAAGCGUGAUUCAGAAGCUCAGUUGAAGCGAGUUCGUGAACUUGAGAUGGAGAAUCAGAAACAACGAAUGGUUGUUAGAAGGAAAAACGAAGAAAUGGCAGCUGCAAACAAAAAACUCAAGGAGCUUGGCUUAUUGGAAGUUGACACCUCGUCGAAGUUGAGCAACCGAGAAAGGAGUAUGGCUUAUGAUCAAGCUCAUAAAACUGCAAGGAGGGGCAAUACUACUGCAGUCCUGCCACUCCCAGAUGCGUCAUCUCCAGCUCUGGUGAGCAACGUGGAAAGAACAGUGACGACUCUUGAUCAGGAGAUUGGCAAGUUUCUAAAAGUCAAGGAAGCAGUUGCUUUGAAAAUUAAGCAGGAAGCAAAAAAAGAAGAAAUACUUCUAGAAAAGGAUGAGUGCUUGAACGAACGCUCCAAACUGGAGCUCAAGCAUGCAAGGGCCGUUCAUGACAUUGCUCAAGAACUGGAGAAGAGAACGUUGUACAUUCAAGAUAUGGAAACUAAAGUUGAACUCCUACAAACCAAAGCAGAAGAAGCCAGAGUACAGGGCAGGACGGAGAUUGCGCAGGAUCUACUUCAAGAGGUCAUGUCUUUGAGAGAUCAAUGUCAGCGGGAAAAACACGAGUGCGCGAUGCUUGAGGAAAGCCGCAAACCUCACAAACUUAUGACCAAAGGGGAAGCAUCAUUAGUAGGAGAGUUGGAUGAACGCAUUGAAGCUCUGGAUGCACAAGCAGAGUAUGUUACACUGUCCAUUGCAGAACAAGAGAAGAAUAUACAAGAUCCUGCAAGCACAUUAGAGCAGGUGCAGUCUCAGCUAGAAAAUCUUGGAUUGCAGGAGGCUAAGGUUGUCCUCAAAAAGUAUCUGGAGAAAUUUGUAGACAUAAAAGACAAGCAAAGACAGGAAGCUAAAUUAGUGGCAAACUUAGAGUUGCAACUCAAGGAGAAGACACAUGCGCUGGCUGAGGCAGAGAGCAACUCCAGACUUAAAGAGCUUGAGUUUGAUCGCCGGUUGACAGAGCUUCACUCACAACAUGCAAAAGAGGUUCAGUAUCUGCUGAAGCAAGUGGAAACCGUCUCUGUCACACCGAUUAUCGAGAGGCCAAACAAUCCAAGGGCGCCAAAUUCAUCACCUGAAGUUCAGUCCGAGGAAAAUUAUGGAGUAGAACGUAGAGAGGAGAAUGUAGACAACAGGGAAAAUGUAGACGAACAUCAGUAUCUAGAGACCAAUCAGAAACUUGUCGCUCUGCGAAAAGACAACUUGCAAUACAAGCAAACAAACAGUCUUUUGAAGCGAAAGCUUCAAGAAAUGAUAUCCGCUUGGGAAGCUGAGAAAAAGGUGUUCGAGAAUAUGGUGCAAAAUGAGCGACAUGUUUGGGAAAAUGAGAGAAAGGCUUGGGAUAUCAGAGCUUGCACAUUUCUUCAGCAACAUGAGCAGUUAGAAAGACAGCACGAUCACCUAGAAAAAGAUCAUCAGGCACUGAAGGAUGAACUCGAGAACACCAAGUCAUUAUUACACAAGGCUGGACUUGGGAUUCGGCUGCCGGUGCGCAACGUGAGAGAGUUAACGGAUGGAGACGUGGACAUGAGAUCAGUGCCACCAUCUAGGGGCCAUUCCUAGCUCCGAGCGUCCGAGCGUGCCUGAUUCUAUCAGCACGCGCACUUCCUUCAAGGGUGCCCGAGCAUUUUCAAGAUUUUGUACUCCAGUUUCCAAGAUCGUGUAGGACAUGAGUUUUUGAUGAGUUACGCUUUUUGAGCAUCAUCUGUACCUCAACAUUUAAGCUGUAUUGUUGUAGAUAAAUUCAUACAUGUACAAGUAUUUGUAUUAUAAGGCUUGAUGAAG